AUGGGUCUUUUGGGAGUCCCCUUCUGCGACAACGUGCCGCAAGACUACCGCUGCUUAUGUGCAGAGACUUGUGGAUGCCCCUGUGCCAGUGACACCUGCGACUGCCAGGCUCCGGCUCUUGGUGUUGACCUGCUGCCGCUUCCAGAGCCCGGCGAGGUUAUCACAUGGGAGACGGACCUGCGUAUCUGCUCGCAAGAUGGUGACCAGCUGGCUGCUCUGACGUGUGGCUUCAGCGACAUCUUCGACACGCGCCAGUCAAACCCUUCCUUGGUGAGGACCUUGAAGUUUGCGGCUGCUACCUUUUUGUGUAAACUUUGUCUGCAUUUAGCGUGUCAUGCUUAUUCGCAUUGUGAAAUUUUAUGUAUAUCGUAUUCACUAUGUCUGCUAAGUCUACUAAGUACAACAUGUUUAGUGUUUUCGCACAUGCUAUGUAUGUUUGCCUCUACGUAUGUGUAUAUAUAUAUAUAUACAGAUACAUAUACAUAUACAUAUAUAUAUAUAUAUAUAUAUAUAUAUGUGGAUGUAUUCACGCACAUACAUCUACAUAAUUUGCACCCCCCUAUUCGUGGUGGAGGCCAGGAUGUGACGGGCUUACGGUUUCGGCUUGACAACGGGCUGUUCGUAGGCGGCCAACGGCCCGGGUGGGCAGGACUGAGGCGCCGCCCACCCGUGGUUCGGCAACAUGAAUCCGGGCCCCGCGCUUGCACCCGUAGUCGAUGCAGCUAA